CAUGUUCUCGGUACUGUUGAAACGACGAUCUUAGGGUUUUUUUCCCCCCUUGCAAUUUGACCGUUUUUCGUCCACAUCGUAAGCCGCUCUAAUGUACAUUUUAGCUCAAGCUAACUGACUAGCUCAGAGUCGUGCUCCAUUAUAUAAGCGGCGUGAGCGACUGGCUAGCAGGCUAAGAGCAUUAGCUCCGCACGGCCGCCCCAUUCAUUCUUACCGAGGGCCUAGAGGCUCGGCUAAGAACCGGCUAAUCGGGGCGAUUUUAACAACGAUUUAAAGCUACACCUGAAGAAGUUUUAAUUGCUGGUGAGAAGAACGAACUCAAUUGUGGCACCAUAAGAGCAGGCUGCCUAUAAGAAGCACCCUCCUCCCUCCCUUUCCGUCCGAACUCCAUACUGCUGCUCUGUUUAGGAAAAAGUAACCCUAAGAAGCCAAGAUGGUGAAGAUCUUCGUCGGCAACGUGAACUCGUCGACCACAGAGGCGGAGUUGCGUGCGCUCUUUGAGAAGUAUGGCGAGGUGUCCGACUGCGACAUCCUGAAGAACUACGGCUUUGUGCACAUGGAGGAGGAGGAUGCCGCACAGAAGGCUGUGGCGGCGCUGCACAAGCACGAGCUCAACGGCUCGCGCAUCACCGUGGAGUACGCCACCACCAAGGUGCGCAACGCCACCAAGAUCUAUGUGGGCAACGUGCCCGAGGGCGUCACGGCCGGCAAGAUCAAGGAGCUCUUCCAGCGCUUCGGCAAAGUGGUGGAGUGUGACAUCGUCAAGAACUUUGCCUUCGUCCACAUGCAGCGCGAGAAUGAGGCCAUGGAGGCCAUCAGCGAGCUCAACCACACCAAGCUGGAGGGCCAGAAGAUCUUUGUGUCCCUCUCUCGCACCAACCAACCCAAAGAUGGUCGGGGAGAUGAGUUCCCUCCACCACCUCCCCAUCAUCCACACUUCCCACCCCACCCGCACCAUCACCCUCCUUACCUGCCCCCUCGCCCCCCACCUGGGGACUUCUAUGCACCCCGUGGGCGUAUGCCCCCUCCUCCCCCCCUGCCCCCUCCUCCCCCCCGCGGCUAUUACGAUCGCGACGUUUACGACAGGGGCGUCCGCUAUGACCCGUACUCGGGCUCUUCCUCACGCUAUUAUGAGCGUGACGCUUUUGACCGUCGGCUGCCGCACCCUGCACAGCGCCCCCUAUCCCCGCCUAUCGCCAACCGCUACUACCGUGAGCGGAGCCCCCCCGGAGGCCGCCGCGCGCUCCUGCCCCCCCCUCCGCCUCCCCCCUCCGCUGCCAACUACGCUCGCAGCUAUCCUCGGGGCAGCAGCGGCAGGGAUUUUGGAGGUGCCAGCUUGGUGCCCCUGCCUGCACCCCCCUCCUCCUCCACCGCCACCUCUUUCCAGGGUCCACCUAACCGCUACACAGUGGGCUCAGGGUUCGACAAGGAUGAUUAUUUUGAUGAUAAAUACAGCAAUGGCUUCAGCAGGGGCUAUUAAAAUUUUUUAUUUUUUUUUGUCUUCCCAUCUAGGCCCCAUAUACACAUACGUCAGUACAUAGUUUUGGGGAGAGGUUUGUUUAAUGGAGGAUGAAAGUGAAAUGCUUUCAGAGCAGGUAACCGAUUUUGAAUAAGAUUGGAAGUGAUUUUCAUGCCAUACGUUAAAAAUAUAGGACUACAGUGUCAAAGUUUAAACUGGCACACAUCGGAUUCAUAUUUAAAAUAACUGAAGUAAUUGAUCUUUUUUUUUUGUUUCCAAAUCAUACAGCCUUUAAAGUAGUAACUUUUUAAAGAAACAUGUUUUAUGCCAAUCAGGGAAAGAAGGGUGUUUUUUUUUUUUUUUUAAGAUGAGGUUUGUCUGUGUGUGUCAGUGAACCUAGUUUUGUAGGGAAAUUUAGUUGUAUUUAUUGACGUGGGAAAGGCUGUUUUUUUUUUUUUUAAAAAAAACAUAUUUCAUGUUCCAUUUUUCAGCAUUUACCUGGUCCGUGUAUUGAAGGCCCGUCCUGUUGGGUGUUGCUUUAAAAGUUUACCCUCUAGGUCUGUUUUUGUGGUUCUCAGCAAGUUUUACAUGCAUCCUGUUCAUGCCUCCCGUGAACACUGUUCGGCAUUUAGGUUAAAGAACGUGAUGUGCGUGGACUCAAUAGAUACGUUUUCGGACAGGGUGUUAGGUAUACUUUGGCUGUGUUUCCUGGUGCCCUUAGUCUGUGUUAAUACCUUAAAAUUUACAUGCGGUAAUAUCUCGUUUGGGAUGGAUGCAUCACGUCUCUAGCUGAACAACUUUUUUUAUUAUUACCCUUUUGUUGAAGCGCAUUGACUGUGGAAAGUUCAUGGGAAAGGCGGUAUGAGCUCAGCUCCCCUAGAUCUCUCUUCUUUCCCUCUCCAUUUCUUGUCAUUCUCAUUUCAGGGUAGUUUUCUUUUUUUGAUGGUGGGCUGGGGGGGGGGGGGUGGUGUUGUGUCUGUGUGCGAGUGUGCGGAUGAGGCAUGAUUCGAUGAGGAUGAUCGUAACCUUUAGUGUGACAGGAGGUUUGGGUGGGAACGUGGUGGCCAAGCUAUCGAUAUAACGCUAUUUCUCAACAAAAAAAAAACGAAUGAAGUUCAUACCGAUGGGCAGACUGAGCCGGCAGACCGACUACACGCAUCGCAUCGACCGACCGAGCGCCCGAACGCACUGCACCGCAGCAGCCACCUCCGCCGCAACCGAACCGGAACCGGCUCCACGUCGUAGGAUAAAGUGCAGACUGAACCGAAACACGAAAAUGAGCGACCGGCUAAACAAAACAAAAUUUCGGGAAAGAAAACAAUUAGCACCGAAUGAUUGAACCUUGUAUUUCCAGUCCACUUUGUUUUUCUAGAUGGACGAAUCGCUCGUUUGUGUAAUAGUAUAACUUGGUGUGAAUCCUUGUUUUCGCUCAGUUUUAUAGAAAUCCUAGUAGUACUUCAAUAUAUUGGCGUAGCAGUAAAACAUAAUAUUGAUGGGAAUACCUCAGCGUUUUAACUGUUUGCUAUGCCUGUAUAUAUCCCUGUAGCUUUGGCUUCUAUUUCUAUAUUGUUACUGUAUUUAAAGCUCAACGCACCAAUCUGCUCCGGACCCUGCACUGUUAAGGGAAAACCGCUAUAUUCAAUUUUACACGUUAAUUUUUUUUUCCUUUUCUUUUUUUUUUGCCUGUCCUCUCGAUAUUGUCACUCACAGGUGUUCUACCGUUUUGAACGAAUAUCAACCUUUUACUCAGUUCUGCUUUUUUAAAAAAAAAAAAAAAAAAAUACUUUUUUUUUUCUUUUAGAGGUAAUUAAGAUAAAGUGUCUUAUCAGUCGCUGUUUUCAUUUAGCCGCCUAAAUAAAACAUCGAAAUCUCUGA